AUGAGUUUACAAACAGUUAUGGUUACCGGUGCUAAUCGGGGUAUAGGUCUCGAAUUGGUCAGACAAUUGUUAGCCGAACCGAAUCCACCCCAACAUCUGAUUGCUACUACUAGAGCAAAGGCUAACAGAGCCGAGUUGGACGCGUUGGCCGUAAAGCACCCGAACCUACAUGUAAUAGAUAUGGAGAGCAAAGACUACAACAGUUUCACCGCAUACACGCCUACAGGUGUUGUCGCACAAGUACAGCAAAUAGUUGGCUCCAGUGGUUUGGAUACACUGAUCAACAACGCCGGUGUACUCAUACCAAAACUGUUAGACACCGUCACUGCAAACGAUAUGAUUGAAAACUUUGAGAUCAAUACUGUCUCACCAUUGAUGCUAACAAAAGCACUUUUACCACUAUUAAAGAUUGCAUCCGUUCACCGGAAGACAGCAGUGGUAAACAUAUCGUCAUCAUUGGGAUCAAUAGAGUUGGCUAAACCCAGACCCAAUGGCCAGUGGUUCAGUAUAUUCCCGUAUCGGUGCAGUAAAGCCGCACUCAAUAUGAUUAGCCAGUGUUUGUCUACUGACCUUAAACGUGAUAAUAUAUACGUAAUUAGUAUGAACCCGGGUCAUCUUAAAACUGAUCUGGGUGGACCCACUGCACAAAUUGAAGUGGCCGAUGGUGUCAAUGAGUUGGCCAAACCUAUACCCGAUGAUCAGUGGUUUAGUGUAUACGCGUAUCGGUGCAGUAAAGCAGCGCUUAAUAUGAUUAGCCAAUGUUUGUCUACUGAUCUCAAACGUGAUAACAUAUACGCAAUUAGUAUGAACCCGGGUCAUCUGAAAACUGAUCUGGGUGGACCCACUGCACAAAUUGAAGUGUCCGAUGGUGUCAAUGGUGUGAUCAAACAAAUCAAAUUGAUUGAUGAUAAUAGUAAUGGUAAAUUAGUUACCUAUGCGGGAGGAGUAUUGCCAUGGUAA